GCGGCUAGCCCCGUGCUGGCCGUGGCCGCCGGCGGCUAGCGCCCGUGCUGGCCGUGGCCGCCGGGCGGCUAGCCCCGUGCUGGCCGUGGCCGCCGGCGGCUAGCGCCCGUGCUGGCCAUGGCCGCCGGGCGGCUAGCCCCGUGCUGGCUUGGGUCUUCGGAUAACGAUCUUCGGUACACGAAUCCCAGUCUCCGGCAGUCUGAAGUUUGUACUUUGAGUUUUUCUCAAGUCCUCGCAGGACGAAUCAUCGAGAUUCCGUGUACGAAACUCUGGUCCUUACUCCAAUCAAAGACCGUCGGAAACAUUUCGGAAACUCGUAAGAUAUCGACGGGAAGGAAGAUCUUAGAUUCUUCGUACGAAACAGCAAUGGUCAUCUUAAAACACCACUCGUCUCAACUCUACGAAUGAACGAGGAACUUCCCAAGAGAUUGUAGAAAACAACGGAAGUCCUAGAGACGGCCCGGAAGGGACCAAACGCGAUCGGACAGUCCGUUUACGAUUAUCUGAGAUAGAUACGACGAUUUACGUUUAUCUUUGCAUAGCGAGAUAAAUGCUAAAUUUCCGGAAGGAUAAAUGUCAAGUUUCCCGAAGAUAAAUGUCAAGUUUCCCGAUGAAAGCCGACGAAAAUGGAAAGAAGCCCGCCUUGCGGCCCAGGAGGAGAGUAGACCGUCAUAAGAAGGAGUAUAUAAAGGAGCUUUGGGAGAGGAAGAAAGGCAGAGCGAAAAUCAUUAAGAGAGAGAGAAAUCCGAGAUUGGAGACCUAGAAAGCUCCUGUUAGGUUAAGAACUUAGAAUUUAGGCGGUAGACUAGCAAGGUAGGACCUAGAACGUCCGGCCGCCUCUUGUUCUAUUCUCAUCUUGUCCGCAGGCUCCUGUCUCUCUCGGAAGGAUCUAACAAUCCUUUUACUUAGAGUUCCGCUCAUAGAAACCCUAGGCGUUAUUCUCGACAUGCCCGUUUCUAUGACAAACGCUCGUACUAGACGAACUCCGCCAGGCAGUUCGAUCUCUUGUUCAAAUCUUUCCAACUGAACUACGUCCGACUUGAUCCUCGAAAGGGGUACGUAGGCAGCCUUUCUCAAGGUCCAGUCCCAACUCUUAACAAAACCCUUGUUGUACUUAGAGUUCCGCACAUAGAAACCCUAGGCAUUAUUCUCGACAUGCCCGUUUCUAUGACUAACGCUCGUACUAGACGAACUCCGCCAGGCAGUUCGAUCUCUUGUUCAAACAACUCCAACUGAACUACGUCCGACUUGAUCCUCGAAAGGGGUACGUAAGCAGCUUUCCUUAAGAUCCAGUCUCAAAUCUUAAUAAAACCUUUCCGCAUUUAUUUGAUCACUUGUCGUUGGUUGUCGCAGAGAAUCCGGACCUUCAGGGAAAGUUAGGUUUACUUAACUUUCCUCCGAUUUACUUACUUAAAAUCGACAGUGCGAAUUUCGGUUCCCACACCAACAAAGACAAGUCCCUCAAAACUAGUUCAAACAAAAAGUACUUGAAUAAAGAAGAAACAUGUGUGUAUGGCCUUACAGAACCCAUCAAGUACUCUUUUUCUAAUCUCAUGUUCCUGAGAGUCCCUACCUCUUUGUCUCUCACGACCCCACACGUGUCACUUUCAGUCACUUCCAUUUAUAAUUGCAGCAUCUCACAACACACUCACACUCAAAACCUAUUUUGUAUUCUUUACUAGCUUUCUUCUAAUAAGUCUUCUUCACUCUUUUAUCAUACCUUGUUUAAGAUUCUGAUUUGUUCACGUGUCUCUGUCUUGUCUUGUCCCAUAAUCCUUAAACCCUUCACUCAAAACACACUUAAAAGAUUCUAAUUAACAUCACAUCUCCCCCUUUUUUUUGCUUUGGAGAAAGAUGAACUUUUAUGAAUUCUCAGUAUAAUAAUAUCAUCAAAAACUCCUUCUCUCUGUCUCUCUUACACCAUGAAGACUAAGAAAGCUUUACCCUCCUCUGCUACCUCACUGCUCUUCCAUCUUCUGAUAACACCUCUCUUUCUCUGCGAAGCUAACAUAGUGUUGUCAAUGCCUCCUUCCGAGUCAGAGACUCUCUUCACAAUCAUGGAGUCAAUGUCAUCCGAUCAAUAAUGGCGUCAGUCUCACCCAAAUCCUUGCGCACCUGGCUCGUCCUGGCCAGGCAUCGAAUGCAAAACCGGUCCAGACCACUUACCUCACGUCUCACGACUCGAUUUCGGAUCUGCUCCAAACCCUUCUUGUAAAUCCUCUGCUUCAUUCCCUCACCUAAUCUUCUCUCUACCCUUUCUACAAUCAGUCUUCUUCUUCAACUGCUUCACUCACUCCCCAACCACGAUCAUCUUCCCCAUCAAACUCCUCCCUAACUCCUCUCUCCAACAGCUUAGCCUCCGAUCAAACCCUUCUCUCUCAGGUCAAAUCCCUCCUCGCAUCUCAUCUCUCACCUCCUUACAGAUCCUCACCCUCUCCCAAAACCGACUCACCGGACCCAUCCCUCAAGCCAUCUUCACCCUAAAAAGCCUCCUCCACCUCGACCUCAGCUACAACAAGCUCACAGGCACAAUCCCUCUGACACUAGGGAACCUCAACAGCCUCGUGGGGUUAGACUUAAGCUACAACUCGCUAACGGGCCUCAUCCCUCCGACCAUCUCGCAACUGGGUAUGCUUCAAAAACUCGACUUGAGCUCGAACUCUCUCUUCGGAGCCAUCCCACAAGGCCUCGAAAAGCUUCGAUCUUUAUCGUUCGUGGCGCUGAGCAACAACAGACUCAGAGGAUCUUUCCCGAAAGGAAUCUCCAAGCUUCAGAGCUUGCAGUACUUCAUAAUGGAUAACAAUCCGAUGCACGUGCCCCUCCCCGUGGAGCUAGGGUUCCUCCCUAAGCUUCAAGAGCUCCAGCUCGAGAACUCUGGAUACUCCGGCGUGAUCCCUGAGAGCUACACGAGGCUGAUGAAUCUCAGCUCGUUGUCUCUCGCCAACAACAAGUUAACGGGGGAGAUUCCGCCAGGGUUUGAUUCUCUGCCUCACGUAUUCCAUCUGAAUCUGAGCAGGAACUCGCUGAUAGGUGUGGUUCCGUUUGAUUCGAGUUUCUUGAGACGGUUGGGUAAGAAUUUGGAUUUGAGCGGGAACAGAGGGUUGUGUCUGAAUCCAGAGGAUGAGUUCAGUGUCGUUAAGACAGGAGUUGAUGUGUGCGGGAAGAAUGUUAGUACUAGUGGUCCGUUUAUUAAUCAUCCGUCGAAGAAGAAGAAAUCUCGAGCGUCUCCUUCUCUGUGUUGUUACGGAUCUUGCUUGUUGGCUAAUUCUCUGUUUCAGGUGGCUCUGUUUCUUGGUUUACGUCAUCAUCGGUAAUAAAAAAACAGAAUAAAGACAAUUAAAUAUUAGACCCUGAAAAAGAGUGUAGAUUUGUGUUUGGUCCCAAAGUAGACGAUGGUUUCAAUGUAGUUAAUGUUGUUUUUAGUUUAAAUAUUUUCAGAUUAUUAAAUAAAAUUUUCAGUCAUUUUA